AUUCGAAUUUUAGCUUACUUCUUGUAAGAAACUCCAGCCUCACCGUCGUUAGAUCUUUGACCUCCUUGCCUCCAUUCAGCCGAAAACUAGGAUCGGAACUCGCUCACUGAGCAAUACCCAUGUUCGGAAUAUGUCCGGAACGGAUGACAGGAACAGCACAGAAACCGGCGCUACCGUCGAGUCUAAUACUACUUCACGGGAUCACGCACCAUCUCCAAAGCAGACUCAAGCACCGUCACAUCCACUACAAGAUCUUACUGAUGACCUACAGGGAAGAUCACGCUAUCCGAUCACUUCUGGAGGCUUUGGAGACAUCUGGAAGUGUGAUUUAGUGAAGCCCGAUAUGACCGUCCAGGUAGCAGUGAAGACUAUUCGCGCUUUCGAAUCCGACGACGAGGUCCUGAUGCGGAAGAAUAGUAGGAGAGUGCGUCGCGAACUCAACGUUUGGGGCCGUCUCAAGCAUCAUAGCAUUCUUCCGCUCUGGGGAGUAGCGACUGACUUUGGACCAUACCCCGCAAUGAUUUGCCCGUGGGCUGAACACGGAGCGCUCACGGGCUAUCUUGAGAGGCAAGAAAGCUCGUUGUCAUCUCACGAUAAGUUUUCCCUUCUGAAUGACAUUGUUCUUGGAUUGCAAUACCUUCACAGCAAAUCAGUCGUCCAUGGGGACCUGACAGGGUCAAACGUCUUGAUUUAUGGCAACGGUCGGGCAUGCCUCGCUGAUUUUGGUCUCUCCACCAUAAUCCUGGAGUUCGUCGGUACCUCAUAUUUUACGAGCUCCAUCCGCGGGAAUGUUCGAUGGGUAGCUGCAGAAUUAUGUGAAGUAUCGGAGGACGACGAGCUGUCGCUCAGCACCGAGUGCGACAUAUACUCGUUUGGCAGCAUCACGCUCCAGGUAUUGAGUUGCAAGGUACCCUACCACAAUGUGAAGAAGGAUAUUGCGGUGUUAGGACAAGUCAUCAAAGGGAUAAAACCGCAACCUCCUAAGGAAUCGCAAAUAGCGCCUGGGCACUGGGAGUUCAUGCAGCGAUGCUGGUCACCUCGUGCAAGUCGUCCGUCGGUUGCAGAAAUCGUGACGUUUAUAGCAUGUGAACGACAAUCUGUGUCAUCCUAG